CUCCAAUGGCCCCCCCGACCGGUGUCAACGGGGUCCUGCCCGUCACGGUGCUGCAGAAGAAUGCCCCCGCCUCUGCACCCCGCGGUCCAAAAGCUGCUUCACCGCGGCUGAAGCUUGUCCUACGCAGGCUCCCCCCCGGCCUCACCAAGACCGAAUUUGAGACCGCUCUAGGAGACGAGUGGAAGCCAGGUUCAGGCAAGGUCGACUGGAUGGUCUACAAGAAGGGCAAGAUCUCGAAAGACGCGGCCAAACCGUCCAGGCCCUCUCGGGCGUAUUUCCAUGUCAUAUCGCAGUCUCAUGUCACCCCCCUCGGCGAUCACGUCCGCCAGGCCUCCUUCAACGAUGCUGCCAAAUCCCACCAGGACAAUGCCCUUAUCGGCCCGCCUGUGCUCGAGUUCUCGCCCUACCACCGCAUACCGGGAGGACGGAGGCGGAAUGAUGCUCGCCAGGGCCUGAUUGACCAAGACCAAGAGUUCAAGGACUUCCUCGAGAGCCUUACUAAUCCUGUCACCAAACCAAGCGCAGUGGAUGUCGCUGAGGGUCAUAAAGAGGAGAAGGUCACAACUACUCCUCUGAUUGAAGCCCUCAGGGAGAAGAAAGCUAACAAGGACAAGCCUAGUAAGACGGCUGCUAAACAUGGGCGUGGAGAAUCGAAAGAGGAUCCCUCGGAAAAGAAAAUCUUAGCCAAGGCCGGCAAGGAUGCUGCAUCGGCCUCGGGAGACAAGAGCAGGAGACUCAGCAAGGCAGAGAAAGCAGCGAAGGAAGCCGUCAAGGUCCUCAACAAGGAGGCUUCCGCGUCCAAAGACGGAACCCUGACCUCAACCGAGAAGACUGCCCCAGGUGCACCCUCCCCCGCCCCGGAACGCAAGCGUGGAAACGUGAGCAUCGCAAAAUCGAUGCUCCAACGUGACCUUGGCCUUGGACCCGGCCCCAAUCGUCGUCGAGGCACGAAGCGAGAAGUAACACCCGCUGUCCAGGAAUCUGGUCUGAAAUCCGAAGAGACAACAGCUGGCAAGCAGAAGGGGAAGGAGGCCCCAGCUCUCGCUGCUGCCGCUGCCGCAUUAAUUACAGAGAAGACUGCCCCCACAUCUCCAAAGAAGGAAAAUCCUCGCCCAACGCGGGCUGAACGUCGCGCGUACAAGGCUUCCUUGGCAGACAUAACAAACAGCAACAAGACUCCCGGGGAGAACUCGAAGGCGCAGGCCAAGGCUGCUCCCCCUGCUCCCACGAUUCUCAAAAAGCCGCAAGGUGUGCAAAUCCCCACGACCCCCAAGGGUUCAGCUGCCACACGUGUACCACCCACUGAACCGGCCGCCACGAGGGCCCCGGCCUCCCAACCGCAAUCCGCCACAGCCAAGAGUGAGAUAUCAAAACCAUCCCGUCCCCAAGCCCCCACGGCCUCACAAUCCUCAGCUGCUUCCCCAGUGCCUACCCCCACAGGCCGUCAAGCGUUUUUGAAACACGCCAAUGCGUCCCAGGGCAUUACCGAGCCGCUGAUCGAAGAGGCAUUGAAGGCUUUCGGAGCCAUUGAGAAAGUGGAGAUUGACAAGCGCAAGGGGUUUGCCUAUGUGGACUUCGUCGAAGCGGAAAGCCUGCAAAAAGCCAUCGCAGCAAGCCCAGUCAGAGUUGCUCAGGGAGCCGUUCAGGUCUUAGAGAGGAAAGAGAAGGUUGUGAGGAGACAGCCUCACCCAGGGCCUCAUGGACCUCCAACGGGACCAGCACGUGGCGGCCGUGGCGGUUUCCCAGGGCGUGGGAGGGGAAGGGGUGGAGCGCGGGGCGGAGGACAUGUUGCAGCGGCUCCCACGGCCAGUGCUAGUGAUACAGUGGCUGCUCCACCGACCACGAGCGCGGCGCCUGCACCAGCGCCUCCGGCUAUCAGUGAGGCCGCGACUUGA